AUGCUGCCAACUCAUCGUCUGAGUAUGCCCAAUGAAAAGGCUGUCUAUGACGACGACAAUAAGUAUGACAAGCUCAAUAACAAACCCGUUCGAGGAAUAAAGGGCUUGGCAGCAUUCUUGAAACCACGACAACUCAUUCUACUCAUCGCUUCCAUCGUUGCUAUCUGGAUCGUCUAUCACCAUUCCAAUCCACCUGCUACCGACGACCUUGUUGCUGAUACCACCACCACCUCCUCUUCCUCCUCAACCAUCGACACCGAUACUAGCAACAACAACGAUGACCUUCUCAACGGCUACAUUCCUCCCAUUCCCGAUCGACCUUCAACCAAUGAGGAUAAGAUAGACUGGCAUCGACCUGAGAGCGAUACGACAAAGGGCUCGUCAACACCACCAUCAUCUACAGGACCUUAUUUAUUCACACAACAUCCUCCAUUGGCGUCGUUACAUCACGUGGAUGAUGCUGAUGCAGCCUAUAAACAGCAACGAAUUGUAGAUGCGUUUCGACAUGCUUGGAAAGGAUAUGCCACAGAUGCAUUUGGCAAAGACGAAUAUCAGCCAUUGAGACAUCAAGGACGUGAUUGGGCCCCUGGUGGUAUUGGACUCAUGAUUGUGGAUGCCCUGGAUACCAUGCUGCUAAUGAAUUUGACCGACGAAUACCAGCAAGCUCGUGAAUGGGUUGCAACACGAUUGGAUUUUGACAAGAAGCAGGAUGUCAAUGUGUUUGAGACCACCAUCCGUGUAUUGGGAGGAUUACUAUCAGCAUAUCACCUUUCAGGAAAUGACCCAGUCUACCUCGAGAAGGCCACCGAUUUGGGCCAACGUCUUAUUGGAGCGUUUCAAACCAAUUCAGGCAUUCCUUAUUCAAGCAUCGUCUUAUCCACUGGAUUGCCAUUCACAGCCCAUGUACCUAGCAGCACGGCUGAAGUCACCACCAUCCAACUCGAAUUCAAGUAUCUCAGCCAUUUGACAGGGGAUUACAAGUAUUGGGAAGCUGCUGAACGAGUCAUGUACAAGAUGAAGGAUUUGGUGGAUGCUGGUGAGCCUACUAUCGAUGGAUUGGUCCCCAUCUUGAUUCAUCCCAUCAGUGGCAAAUUUACAACAUCCGAGAUCCGGUUGGGUUCGCGUGGUGAUAGCUAUUAUGAGUACUUGUUGAAGCAAUACCUCCAGACUCAGAAAUCAGAAACACUUUACAUGGACAUGUAUCGACAAUCAGUGCGUGGUAUUCGACAACAUUUGCUCGCACGCAGUCAACCCAACAAUCUUUUAUUUAUUGGUGAGCUCCACAAUCUCAAUUCCCUGGGACAAAUCUCUCCAAAAAUGGAUCAUUUGGUAUGCUUUAUCGGUGGCAGCUUUGCUCUCGGUGCUACACAAGGUUUACGUCUUGCACAAGAGCCAUUGAUGACCCAUGUCGACGAGCAAGAUUUGGAACUAGGACGCGAGAUCACACGCACUUGUUAUGAAAUGUACAACACCACGGCGACUGGUCUUGCCAGUGAGAUUGUAUACUUUAAUACCCAAGAAGACAGUCAACAAGAUAUAUCCAUCCAUCCCGGCGAUCGACAUAACCUCUUGAGACCUGAAACCAUGGAGAGCAUCUUUUUAAUGUAUCGAAUCACUGGUGAUCCCAUCUAUCGUGAAUGGGGUUGGAAGAUCUUUGAAGCAUUUGAAAAGUAUACCAAGCUCCCUGGGGGUGGCUACACUGCUUUGAGAGAUGUCACUAGCAUUCCUCCUACGCAGGAUGAUCGUAUGGACACAUUCUUUUUGGCUGAAACGCUCAAGUAUCUUUAUCUACUCUUCAGCCCUGACGAUAUGAUCCCUCUCGAUCACUAUGUAUUCAAUAGCGAGGCACAUCCUUUACCAGUGUUUUCUCCCAAUAAACCUUGA